AACAGCUUUACAUGGACACAAAACGCUGCAUCCAUUAGGAUUGGACAAGCCUUCCUGUUGCUCUUGGCAAUUAAAGAUGUUGUUGCCGUGGCGACCAUGGAUGCUGCUUCCCCUAUUUGGUUGCCUUGGAGGUGACCUGCUCUUUCAAGGGCCGGUGUUCACCCAUGAGCCUGGCAACAAUAUGGUCCCCGUGGGCUCAGAAGACAAGACCAUCACGCUGAGCUGUAAAGCCAGAGGCAGCCCUUCCCCACAAUACAGAUGGCAACUGAAUGGCACUGAUGUGGACCUUAGCCAGAAACACCGCUACCAACUGCUUGGAGGAAAUCUCAUCAUUAUCGGCCCCAACCACCACCGGGAUACAGGCAGCUACCAGUGCUUUGCAACCAACUCACUGGGGACAGUAGCUAGCAGAGAGGCCAGACUGCAGUUUGCCUACCUGGAAAUAUUUCCCAGCAAGGCACUGCGUGCAGUGUCAGUACGAGCAGGCCAAGGUGUUGUGCUGCUGUGUGGACCCCCACCACACUUGGGAGAGCUUUCUUACUCAUGGAUCUUCAAUGAAUACCCAGUGUUUGUGCAGGAAGAUAAGCGAAGGUUCAUCUCACAGAAGACUGGCCACUUGUACAUCGCCAAGGUGGAGCCAGGGGAUGUGGGUAGCUACACAUGUGUGGUGACAAGUGUGGUGACUGGCGGCCAUGUGCUGGGUCCACCCACCUCACUGAUACUCCGUGCUGAUGGCGUGAUGGGGCAAUAUGAACCGAAGAUUGAGGUGCAGUUUCCAGAGACACUGCUGGCAGCAAAGGGCUCCACUGUGAAGCUGGAGUGCUUCGCCCUCGGAAAUCCUGUUCCUCAGAUUAGUUGGAGAAGAAGUGAUGGACUCCCCUUAUCCAGUAAAACCAAACUGCAUAAGUUCAGUGGAGUUCUGGAGAUCCCCAGCUUCGAACAGGAAGAUGCAGGUUUCUACGAGUGCAUGGCUGAUAAUGCACGGGGCCACAAUGUGGCACGUGGGCGCCUCAUUUACUAUGCCAAGCCACACUGGGUUCAGUCAAUCCACAAUGUGGAGGCGGCCAUUGAGGACAGUCUGCACUGGGAGUGCCAUGCCAACGGGAAGCCCAGGCCCUCAUACCGCUGGUGGAAGGACGGGGCAGCUCUGGCACUGGAGGAGAGAAUUCAGAUUCAAAACGGUGCCCUGACCAUCUCCAACCUGAGCAUGGCUGACUCUGGAAUGUUCCAGUGCAUUGCAGAGAACAAGCAUGGCCGUGUCUAUUCCAGUGCCCAGCUCAGGGUUGUGGCCUCUGCUCCCAACUUUUCUGAGACACCGAUGAAGAAGCUGGUGCAGGUGCAGGCAGGCAGUGAGGUCACCAUGUUAUGCCAGCCUAGGGCUGCCCCACAGGCACACACCUCCUGGAGCAAGGGGCCCCGGAGACUGCGUGAGAACCACAGAGUUGUUUUCCUAAAGAAUGGAGGACUCAGAAUAGCCAACGUGACUCAGUCGGACACUGGCACUUACACCUGCAUAGCAGAAAAUCAAUUUGGGAAUGCAAAUGGCACGACUCAGCUAGUAGUCACAGAGCCAGACGCAUCACUGUGGGCUCCGUCCAACCUAGAUUGUGUCAGUGGGUGAGAAAGUGUGGUCCUGCCUGCCAGGUACAGUCAUGAUCCCCAGCUGCACCUUGUCUUCUCCUGGUACUUUAAUGGGAACUUGCAGAUCUCCAGAAGCAAUUCUAUGCACUUUGAGAGAAUUGGAAGGGGUGAUUCAUCAGGUGAUGUGCUGAUCAGGAAUGCACAGCUGAAACAUAGCGGGCAGUAUAUGUGCAUGGUGCAGACAGAAGUGGACAGUGUCUCGUCUACUGCCAACAUCAUAGUGAGAGGUUCCCCGGGGCCCCCUGAAAAUGUGACUGUUGAAGAGAUCACAGAUACCACAGCACAGCUCUCCUGGAAAGAAGGUGCAGACAACCACAGCCCCAUCCUAUUCUAUGUUGUGCAGGCACGCACUCCCUUCUCUGUGGGCUGGCACGCCACCACCACAGUGCCUGAUCUCAUUGACGGGAACACACACACAGCCACUGUAGUGGAGUUAGACCCAUGGAUAAAAUACGAGUUUCGAGUGGUAGCCAGUAACAAACUCGGAGAUGGAGAGCCCAGUUUGCCCUCAGAAAAAGUAAGAACUGAAGCGGCAGCUCCUGAAGUGCCUCCUUCUGAAGUCAAGGGAGGUGGUGGGAGUCGGUCAGAGCUGGUGAUAACCUGGGACCCUGUCCCUGAGGAGUUGCAUAAUGGGGAAGGCUUUGGCUAUGUCGUGGCUUUUCGCCCCUUGGGUGUCUCCACCUGGAUCCAGACUGUGGUCACCUCUCCUGACACCUCACGCUACAUCUUCAGGAAUGAGAGCAUCCUGCCCUUCUCGCUGUAUGAGGUGAAAGUGGGUGUUUACAAUCACAGAGGGGAAGGCCCCUUCAGCCCUGUGGCGACCGUGUUCUCUGCAGAAGAAGAACCUGCAUUAGCUCCAAGCCAUGUCUCUGCCCACAGCCUGUCUUCCUCAGAAAUCCAGGUGACCUGGAGUGGAGCCCCCUGGCAGUCGAGCAACGGGCAUCUUUUGGGCUACGAGGUGCAAUACUGGAUUCCUGGAGAUGAGGCCACUGCCAGUCAUAUGAUAGUGGCUGGGAACAAAACCUCUGCCAUUCUCCAUGGCCUGAAGAGCCAUACACCCCACCAUGUGGCUAUCCGUGCCUACAACAGUGCUGGAGCUGGGCCCUUCAGUGCUGUAGCUAAUGCCACCACGAAGAAGACCCCCCCCAAUCAGCCCCCCAGAAACAUGGUCUGGAACAGUACUGGAUCUUCUGUUCUGCUGAACUGGGAGAGGGUACAAGCAGCAGAGAAUGAGUCCGAGGUCAUAGGCUACAAGGUGUUCUACAGGACGAGCAGUCAGACUACAGCACAGGUGCUCAGCACCAACCAAACCUCAGCAGAGCUGCAACUGCCCAGUAUGGAGGAUUAUAUCAUCCAGGUCAAGGCCAUGACAGCUGGGGGUGAUGGGGUCAGCAGCGAGCAGAUCCGAGUACCAGGAAUCAGUCGUCCUUCUGUGCAAGGCUCUACUUCAGCCAUGGCGGACGCCUGCCCUGUGAGCCACUGCGUGCCACUGCUACUCUGUAUCCUGCUCAACACUGUGGGGCACUAGGUAGCUCUCACAAUGAUGGGAAAGACAGCUGGAUUGCAAAAACAGUACUUUCAUGAAAUGCAGUAAUGAUGCAUGCUUUUCCAACUAUAUCUUCAACUUUCUAUAUAGUUAAAUUGUGAAUACGAUUUGAAGUCCUUU